CUCUCUUCCCUUCCUUGAUCUUUCUUCCCAGUGUUUCACUGCCCAGGCUUAAUCAGGUGUGUAAAUGCCUACCUUCUCUCAAACCUACUAAAUCGCCUCCUCACUGUGAUCUUCACCUUUGCCUGACCAGACAGAUUAUCCCUACGCCCAGAACGGAAAGGACUACCGAAUCGGGAUUGGGUUGAACCUCCCCUGGUGGGGGCACCCAGGGCCUGCUUCCUGCUUAAAGCGGAGAAGCUGUGAAAAACACUCUUCUUUCUAUGCUUUCAGUCCUACUUAACCGCCACCUUACCCUUCGCUAGGCCUGUUGGCUCCUUUGCGAGCAGAGGUCUGCCGCAGGCGAAGAGGCGCCUCCCAACCACAGAACGUUGGUGUGCGGAGAUGCAGGCAACUGCGCGUCGGCGAACAGAACCUGAGUCUGGCCCCAGGUGAAGGGGCGGGGAUAUUGGCUCUAAGCCAAUCAUAGCGCCUAACGACAGGGCUGGACCAAUCAGAGUAAGGGAGGUCGGGCACUCGCGGGGCGGACCUGGAAGGCUGAGAACCCGCCUCCUUGCAGCUCGGUGGCCAACGCCUUCGCUGAGGGCUAGUUGGAGCCCGGCUGCUUCACAGACUCGGGGGACUGAGCGCCUUCAGAGCUGUGGGGCGGUGCCCUCUUACCACUGCUAAUUUUUCUACAGGCCUUGGCCUUGACAGGUGUUGGUGCCUGCGGUAGACUCAUUCUGAUUCGUGCACAGACUCUCUCUAGAGACUGUGCCUAUGGCUGGAGACAGAGUGAGGUCGUUGCCUUGACGACGACAGCAUGCGGCCAGCGGUCCUCCUAAGUGUGAGCUUGCGGCGGGCUGAGGCCCAUCUGCCUCCCAGCCUGCUUCACCCAGGACCCGUCACUGUGCCCGCAGAAGAAAUCAUAACACUGGAAUUGCUAGUUUGCUAGUCAGCAUCUUUUAGUCCAGCUAGCGAGAUGCAUUUCACCUCAAAUUUGUUUCCAAGUUGAAAACCUUUGGAUCUUUCCAUGUGAAAGGAUUUGAAGAAACACAAGAAAAAUUCCUACUGGUUUUAAGUUAAAAUGGAAAAAUAUGAGAACCUAGGGUUGGUUGGAGAAGGGAGUUAUGGAAUGGUGAUGAAAUGUAGGAAUAAAGAUAGUGGAAGAAUUGUGGCCAUCAAGAAGUUCUUAGAAAGUGAUGAUGACAAAAUGGUUAAAAAAAUUGCUAUGCGAGAAAUCAAGUUACUAAAGCAAUUGAGACAUGAAAAUUUGGUGAAUCUGUUGGAAGUGUGUAAGAAAAAAAAAAGAUGGUACCUCGUCUUUGAAUUUGUUGACCACACAAUUCUUGAUGACUUGGAACUCUUUCCAAAAGGAUUAGACUACCAAGUAGUUCAAAAAUAUUUGUUUCAGAUUAUUAAUGGAAUUGGAUUUUGUCACAGUCACAAUAUCAUACACAGAGAUAUAAAGCCAGAGAAUAUUUUAGUCUCCCAGUCUGGUGUCGUCAAGUUAUGUGACUUUGGAUUUGCACGGACUUUGGCUGCUCCAGGAGAGGUUUAUACUGAUUAUGUGGCAACUCGCUGGUACAGAGCUCCAGAACUCUUGGUUGGUGAUGUCAAGUACGGCAAGGCUGUUGAUGUGUGGGCCAUUGGUUGUCUAGUAACUGAAAUGUUCAUGGGAGAACCACUAUUUCCUGGAGAUUCAGAUAUUGAUCAGCUAUAUCAUAUUAUGAUGUGUUUAGGUAAUUUAAUUCCAAGACAUCAGGAAUUGUUUUAUAAAAAUCCUGUGUUUGCUGGAGUAAGAUUGCCUGAAAUCAAGGAAACAGAACCUCUUGAAAGACGCUAUCCUAAGCUCUCUGAAGUUGUGAUAGAUUUAGCAAAGAAAUGCUUACAUGUUGACCCAGACAAAAGGCCUUUCUGUGCUGAGCUGCUACACCAUGAUUUCUUUCAAAUGGAUAGAUUUGCGGAGAGGUUUUCUCAGGAACUACAAUUAAAAAUACAGAAAGAUGCCAGGAAUAUUUCUUUAUCUAAAAAAUCCCAAAACAGAAAGAAGGAAAAGGAAAAAGAUGAUUCCUUAGGUGAAGAAAGAAAAAUGCUGGUGGUACAGGAUACCAAUGCUGAUCCCAAAGUUAAGAAUUCUAAGGUAUUUAAAAUAAAAGGAUCAAAAAUCGAUGGAGAGAAAGUUGAAAAAGGCAAUAGAGGUUCAAAUGCCAGGUAUCUCCAUGAAAAUAGGAUAAGCCACAUCAAAACAGUGCCUUCCACAAGUCUCAGAGACUGCAGCAAUGUCAGCAUGAACCACACAAGGAAUUCAAGCACAGCAAUCCCCCCACUUACACACAAUCUUUCAGCAGUUGCUCCUGGUGUUAAUUCUGGAAUGGGAACUAUCUCAGGUGUACAGAGUUACAGAGUGGAUGAGAAAACUAAGAAGUAUUGUAUUCCAUUUGUUAAACCAAAUAAACAUUCUCCAUCAGGAAUUUAUAAUAUUAAUGUGACAUCAGUCUCUAGUGAAAAAAGCCUCCUUCAGGCAAAUAAGAAAAGAAGGGAAUAUUCUAAGACAGACGUCCGUUUGCCUGAACUGAACUAUAAUCAUCUCCCUGAACUAAGAGCCUUGGAAGGAAUAGCUCGAAAUUCUAGACUAAUAAAGAAAGAGAACAAAAUUCUUUCAGAAUCUCGGAUUCCUUCUCUGGCUGCUAUUGACCUGCAUACUCCCAGUGUUGCUUUACAUCAGAUAUCAGGAUCUCCCCUGUCAGAUGAUUCAGAGGCCGACUUGCCUCGGAUGGAACACCAGCAUUGAGAAUUAUUUUAGUUCAGAAGGGGAUGCUGCUAUAGCACUUGAGAUGACAUCUCCUUGCAACUAGAAUGCUAAUAUCCUAAGAGGAAAGAUUCAUGGUAUUCAUUGUUUCCUUCUGAACUUCCUGCAUUUUCUAAGAAAGUUGCUUUGCAGAGGAAGGAAAGACAAAGACAUCUUCAAAUGUUUCAAAGGAAGAUUGAACAAGUUCACCUUCCCAACUGUUAUCCUGUUACUUUUUCAGUCUGUUGAUGCUUGCUAUUUCAAGAUAUAGACAAUGAAAGAAUAGUAAUAUGGUUCUUGUUACAUGAAUUUGCUAUUAGUAGAUUGUGUAUUUAAAUUACUAAGAUUAAAAGUGAUUAAAAAUGAAGGCGAGAGACACAUUAUAAAAGGUCAUGUUAUUCAUGCAUUUAACCUUGUGUGAUCUGUAUAAAUGUUUACAGUUGAAGAAAAUGAAAACAAUUCUAGGAUCAGUAAAAGAAAAUGUUUUGUUUACUUUACCUAUAAAAACACUUGAAAAUCUUGUUUCUAGGCAUUAAGGUGAUAUGUAACUGCUGUCCAGGAGUGAUAUAUAUAUCAUUGGUUUCUGUGAUUGUUGUUAAUAUUCAGUGUAUUGUGGGAAUCUGGCCUUUCUGCUGAUCUAAGAACUACGUUAAUAUAAAUCUAACAGAGAAACUUUUUAUUUCUAAUGACUCAGUACAGCUGUGGCAUUGGUAGUCCUCUGUGUUGUAAAAUUUUGGUGCUAAUGUUCCUGUGUGAAGGAACAUGAUUGGAACAAGAGGAAAAGGAGAAUAGAGUACUGAACCUUAAAGUUGAAUACUGCACUUCUCACUAGAAAGAGUUACACAUACAAAAUAGGUGAUGGGAAGCAGGGUUACUUAUUAAUCAGGCUGAUCACUUUUGUCUAGGCCAAUUGCUAUUGAAUCAUUACUGAAGAGACUGUAGGGAGGGAAUGUCUGUUAUUACGGACUCCACUCUUGUCCACUGAUAUUUUGAGGGUGAUAUUAGAACCCAUAGAAGUUUCUGUGCCUCAAAUGCUUAGGCCUUCCCAAAGUUUUUCUCCAAGGUACAUCAUCAUUUACCCACAUUCCACACAUUUUGCACAGGUCUGCAACAUUUUAGGUGAGAGGGUUAGACCAAUUGAGCUCCAGAUUCUUGUUUCUAGGAUUCCAGUCAUGCUCUGCAUUUAUCAUUUUUAAAGAACAUUUGUUAAGGAGACCAGGAUUUGAGUAGAAUUUUUGUCUUAGCCAAUUAAAAGUGUGUUGUUUUUCCCUAAAAGCUUUUGAUUAGAAUUAAUCCAAGAAUUUAACUAAAUUUUUCUUUAUUUUCUUGGAGUACCAAGGAACUUAACUUUUGAGGCCUUAGAUACUUAGGCCUCAAAAGACUAGGACAUUCAAGAGGAAGCAAAAUAAAUUAUUCCAACAUAUAGGUCUAUAGGUGAUGAUUAAAUUGAUAUUUGGUUUUGAUUUAAAAGCUUUAUUUUUAACCUUUUACCUGGUAUUUGGCUAGAUUAGUAUGGCUAAAAUGCUGAAAAAAAAUAGAAUAUCAGCAUUAAUGAUCUUCAUAUUAAUAUAUUAUUUUAUUUUUACUUUGAAAAAUAUUGCCAACAGACUCUAUAAUCUAGAAAGAAGACAAUACUUAAAGUCAAUCCUCAACAACAGCUUAUUUCAAUGCUUUGUUUAUGUAAAGAGAAGUGUGAAAAUAUUCGCUCAAUUUCUGAGGGUCUAAGUCAUUUACCUUCUAAUUCUGUACUCUCCUUAGGUAUCUUUUGCCUAUUUAAAUAUCUUUGAAAAAACUGAGAAUCAUUUAUACUCAAGUCUUUGUUGAAACUUGAGGAUCAUAUAUGAUUAGAACCUUGGCAGAACUAAGAUUUUUCAAACUAGGGCUGAAGAUACUAAACCAAAAUAAUCUUUGUUUUCAAUUUGUGGUUAUUUACUCUCCCUUUACAAGGAUAUGAUUUAGUCACACACUAAUAUGAACUAUGGAUAUGUACUAGUGGGGGACAAUGGGUUUGCUGUGUAUGUGUAUGUUUUAAAAUAAAUAAAUAUUAUCUAAGCUCCAUAA